CCAUUGGUUCUAAUUAUUUGCAGUGUGUGCUCUAGCUGAAGUACAAAGUGUGCCAACUGGUACAGAGUACUUAUAAUAUUUGAGGACAAACGUGGUGAAUUAACAAGCGUGGCAUGAAAAAUGUGUAAAGUUUAGCUUCUGCUGUUGUUUAUCUCUAAAUGUGGUCUGUGAUGCCAAUAGGACCAGUUUACACUGUCGGAUACCAAGAUUCCUCAAUUUAUGGCAUCUGAACCUUCACCCUACUACAAGAGGAACUCAUGUCUUUUCUGCGGUGGGUAUCGGACAGGAUCUUGGUUGACGGUUUGAGAGAGCUGGAGUUUUUUGGAGACUCACAUUUUGGGGAAUCUCGAAGGAAAACUGAUGAAGACGCAAGUGAGGAAACCAUAGCGUCCUGUCGCAGUCAAGACACCAUGGGAAUUUACACACCAGAUAGCAGCUGCUAUGAAAUGCUCACUCUGAUAGGGAAAGGCUUUGAAGAGCUCAUGACUGUAAAUUUAGCUCGUUACAAACCAUCAGGAGAGUUUGUCUCUAUCAGAAGGAUUAAUGUGGAAUCCUGCUCCAAUGACAUGCUUGGCUUCCUACAGACUGAGCUCCAUGUUUCCAAGCUCUUCAGUCAUCCCAACAUCCUCCCCUACAGAGCCACCUUUAUAACAGGCAAUGAACUCUGGGUGGUUACCCCAUUUAUGGCCUAUGGUUCAGCCAAAGACUUGAUCUGUACACACUUUACUGAUGGAAUGAGUGAACUGGCGAUAGCAUACAUCCUGCUUGGAGUACUGAAAGCUCUCGAUUAUAUUCAUCAUAUGGGAUAUGUGCACAGGAGUGUGAAAGCAAGUCACAUUCUGAUCUCCUUAGAAGGGAAGGUCUACUUGUCUGGGCUGCGCAGUAUUCUGAGUAUGUUUUCUCAUGGGCAACGUCUGAAAGUUGUUCAUGAUUUUCCAAAGCACAGUGGUAGAGUCCUUCCUUGGCUGAGCCCAGAGGUCCUUCAGCAAAACCUGCAAGGAUAUGAUGCAAAAUCAGACAUCUAUAGUGUAGGGAUCACAGCAUGUGAGCUCGCCAAUGGCCAUGUUCCAUUUAAAGACAUGCCAGCCACACAGAUGCUACUGGAGAAGUUGAAUGGCACAGUCCCCUGUCUGUUAGACACAACCACCAUACCAGCUUCAGAACUUACUAUGAAAACCUCCCGUUCAGGAGCAGACUCUGGCAUCGGAGAGGGAACUUCCAACCGCCCAUCUAAUGGGGAACACAUCAUGCACCCAUACAAUCGUACUUUCUCCCCUCACUUUCACAACCUGGUGGAGCAGUGUCUGCAGAGAAAUCCAGAUCGAAGGCCAGAUGCCAGCUCACUCCUCACACAUUCCUUCUUCAAACAGAUAAAGAGGCGUGCAUCUGAGGCCCUUCCAGAACUUCUCCGUCCUGUAUCUCCUAUCACAAACUUUGAAGCAGCAAGAGAGUGUGAUUCCCAGGAUAUUAUGGGAUUAGUGUCUGACUUGGACAAGCUUGAUGUGGCGGAUUGGGACUUUUAAGAAACAUAAUAUUCCACUAUCCUGAGGACUGCUUUUGCAGUUCCUUUGCCAGCCACAUGUCGUCUAAGAGUUUUUGAAUGACCUUUGUUGGAAGUGUCAGUAUCACAUUGAUUCUAAAGCUCCAGACUCUCCCACUUUUGAUAGGUUUACACACUGGUUAGUACUGUUUUUUUUUACGGUUUAAAAUAGGGUUUGAUGCUCCCUUUCCACAUCCACUUCCCAGUGUUAACCUUUCCAUUGGUGAAAGACUAAUGCUCAAAAAACAUUUUAUAUUGAGCACAUAAUGGAAGUUACAUACCCAUUUUGUUAUAUUUUGUAGCUUCCUACUAUUAAACAAGCCUCACUAACAAUUUUUUUGUAGUGAAUGAGCACACCACCAUUUAGGGAGUGGCAUAACACCGGAGACACUGUUACACACACACACUGUUGCCAAAAGGAAUAAAUGUUAAACAUUUCACAAGA